AUGGUCUUCAAGUUCAUCGUCUACAAGGUCCUCUUCUCCAUGGGCAACAUCGGCCUCAUGUUCCUCUUCUUCAUGGGCAAUGUCGGCCUCAUGUUCUACAUGAAGACACCAUCAGGAUUAGCUACAGUAUGCAGAAGAAUUGAACAUGUGCAUAUGGUCAAGAUGUACCAUGGUUCAUGUUCAGAUCGAAGUGAUGUCCAGCCAGUGGUACUUCUUCAUGCAAGGGAGGCUCAUGUUCAUCUUCUCCAGCGAAUUGAUGGCCGGCCUGGAGUACUUCUUCAUGCAAGUGAGGCUCAAAACCAACCUGGGGUUCUUCAAGCAAGGCAGCCUCAUGUUCGUCCUCUACGGUGAAGAAGAAACAUCAGC